AUGGAUUCGAGAAAACGAAAGAGCAACCGCCCUCCUCCUGAACGGAAUGUACGGGCAAAACCUUCCAAAUUUGUCGACAACGAUGACAGCGACGAGUACGACAACGACCUGAGCAAAGCAGGCCGGCGAGUCAAGAUUGAGGAGGCUUCGGAGAGCGAGAGCGACGAGAGUGAUGAUCCUGUUCGGGGCGGACUAGAGGACGACAUAGACGACGAUGAAGAGGGAGAAAGUGAAGACGAAGAAGGUGAAGACAUUGGCCGAGAGGCAACUCCCGAGGAUGAGGCGCCAUCGCCAGCAGAGAACCUCACGUUCGGCCAGAUCUUGAAGAAGAACCAAAAGAAGAAGAAGGACAAGAAGAUCGACAAGGUCGGCGGCAAGGUUGGAUCCAAAGCAACCGACACGGGCGAGGCAGCCAGUUCGUGGAAAGACGACCGUUCAGGCAAGCCAACCAAGCCUGUCAAGCCGGCCCGAGCCCACAAGCACGCACCGACGGAAAUGUCGAGCCGUUUCGCUGUGAAGCGCGGGCGCGACUGGACCAGCGGAGACGCCACGAUUGCGGGUGUCUCGGUCAAGCCAGUCGAGGCGCGCUCGCGCGACCCGCGCUUCUUCUUGGCGUCCAUGGCGACACCGCCGACGCGCGCCGACGAACUGCGCGCGCAGCGCAACUAUGCGUUUCUGGACGAGUACCGCGACAGCGAGAUGGCGGAGAUGCGCGAGGCGAUUGCGCAAAACGAGCGGAUUGCCAAGGCAGAACGCAAGAAGCGCGGCGGCAACGCGGUGAACCGGGCCAAGGCAGAGGCGGCCGAGAAAGAGGCGGCAUCGCUGCGGCGAAUGCUGACGUCGAUGGAGGCGCGCAAGCACGACCGCGAGGCCAAGGAGAAGGCGCAGGCGGUGCUGGACGAGCACAAGAAGCGGGAGCGGGGGCUGGUGAAAGAGGGCAAGACGCCCUACUUCCUCAAGAAGUCGGAGCAGAAGAAGCGGCUGCUCGUGGACAAGUUUGCGGGAAUGACGGAGCAGCAGGUCGACAAGGCCAUCGAGCGGCGGCGCAAGAAGGCGCAGACGCGGGAGCGGCGCGAGAUGCCGUCCAUGCGCCGUGGCUAA